AUGAUCGCUGUCAGUGCAAUCUUGUUGCACUCGAUUGCGAUAUCGAUAGCGUUUUCGGACGAAUGCCGCCUUGCAGAGGACUUUCCGGUGUUGCAACGCAGAGGUGAGUUAGAAUUCGACGCCAAAAUUGCCGCAAACAUGGCUCAACACAAGACAGACAAGUAUAGAUCAUACGUACGUGACGGCCCUUCAUCCAUUAUUGCGAGGCGAGGUCAUUCGAUCGAAGUUGUUGUUCGCUACCGGAAACAUGGAUGCGUAGGUAGUCCUAUAUUCUUGAUGCAGGAUCUAAAUCGCGAUUCACCGGUGUGGAUGUGGACUGACGACGAGUAUGACGAGAUGGGGGCAAAGAAUUAUUUUGUUUACUCAGCGCGAGGUCAUUGUUUCCUACUCUUAAUUCCUCCUCAUUUGCCCGUGGGCGACUAUGAAGUGAUGGUGCAGCAUUCUUGUUCACAGAAUAAACUUCCGGAACGGUUGGUGCACGUUGAGGUCAUAUUUGAUGUCCAGAAAAGUGCUAGGAGUGGUGUGGACAAAAGAGAAACGUUGGACGGACUGCAAGAUUUUGAGCAGAAUGAAUAUCUUUACAAUGAUAUGGGUUAUCUGUGGGUGGGAGACAUUGCAAUACGAUGGGAUUAUGCUGUCAGAUCACCGGCAGUGCAGAUGGCAAGAAACGUCAUAGAAACGGCUAUGAAUGAGAGCGAACGUAGUGAUCCAGUUUUCUAUGCUCGUGCACUUACUCGUUUGUUGGGAGACCCACUAACGCCACAAAGAGUCUUACAAGGACGAUGGGAUGGAAUGUAUGGCAACGGUGUAGAACCAUGGCAGUGGACUAGCAGCGCGCAGAUAUUUCAGCGCUGGCUACAAACAAAAGAUACUGUAAAGUACGGACAGUGUUGGGUAUUUGGCGCGUUACUUACAAGUCUUCUGAGAUCCAAAGGUAUUCCCGCCAGGACGGUCACCAAUUACAGAAGUCAUCAUGACCGAGGUUUAACAGACAAUCAACAAUCGGUUUUAAGACAGUAUGACAAAAUUCAACAGCCUGAUGAAUCCGUGUGGAACUUUCACGUGUGGUCAGAGGCUUGGUUGGCUCGAUCGGACUUGAAUCCAAAUGUACCAGCAAACUGGAAUGCUUUAGAUGCAACACCACAGGAGCCGUCACCCUUAGCACCAGGCAAUCAUUACCAAAGUGGUCCUGCUUAUGUGCCAUAUGUCAAGCAAAAUUUUGUUUUUGAUGUUAACUAUGAUACCAUAUUUGUCACAGCUGAAGUCAAUUCAUUGAGGUGGUGUCCAGUCAAUCGAGCAUAUGUUGCGGGUCAAGUAGGUAUUGAUAUAGUAACUAAGAUGCCUGGACAAGACCCUGGAGAAUAUGUAUACAACAACCCAUUGCUUAUAACUGGGAAUUACAAACAAGUGUCAAGAAAGAGAAGUACAAACAGCAACAUCAGACUGCCUCCACCUUAUUCUGGAUGUCGUCGAGUAAAUGGGCUCAGACUAUCAGCUAGUCCAGAGGUACCAUCUGUUGGGCAGACAUUCAAUAUCAUUGUGGAUCUUGGUAACUCCACCGUGCCACAGAACAGUGCGUUUGUAUUAAUGGAACCCAUUGUUUACACAUCACAGUCACUUGGAAUCGUCAAAGUGUUUCAGAGAUCAUUGAAUAUUAGUGUUGCUGAGGCAGAAUAUCUCCCUUACUUACAAAACACGACCAUCUUUAGGUUCAAGGCGGGCGUGUACAACUCAUCUGGCCAAUUUGUGUUUCAUGAUGCUCUUCUUCUUCGUUUGGUGUAUGAUAGUUUGAGCAUUGAAGUAACACGAGGAACCAGUAAUGAUUCAGUAGAUUUCUUGGUAACUGUUAGCUACAACAAUCCAUUAUCAAUUCCUCUUACGGGCGUUCUACUCUCAGUCUUUGCGCCCAGUUUUAAUGUCUCUACUGAACAUUUGCCCGACAUUCCUCCAGCAAAGUCUAUAUCUUACAAUGUGACUGUGGGUUGUGGAUCAACAACGGGUACAAGAUUUAUAUUAGCAACGCUAAACACAGCAGAGACUUUUAAGUCAGUUAGAGGAUAUGCUAAUGUGGAUUGUACAUUGGCCAGUGGAACAAUGGCCAAUGGACCAGCAGCUAUGACAUUUCUCCACUGACUACCCCUACCCCCAGUACAUCAGGAGAACACGCGGCCAUGAAGACAACCGAUUUGUUGCUGUCCAUGUUGCUUUCCUUGUUGCUUCUUGCUCUAAUUGGACAUUAACUGCUGCUAAUUAUUUCGUGACAAGAAUACCUGAUUAAUGUGAUAGCCUGUAGAUUCUGGGUUUCUGUUAGCUUAAAUGUUUGUUGUCCUUUCCGUGCUGCUUUUUCAUGUUACAGCAAUGUUGAAGUUUGCGUUUGUCAGGUUUACUUUUAGUAUACCACAGUUGUCUUUUAAUCUCAUUGUGGAUGC